GUGAUGUAUAAUGAUGUCCAGCGAUGUCCAGUGAUGUAUAAUGAUGUCCAUUGAUGUAUAAUGAUGUCCAGUGAUAUGCAAUGAUGUCUAGCAAUGCCUAGUUGCGUGUAAGGAUGUAUAUUGAUAUGUUAUGAUGGGUAUCUAUGAUGAAUUAUGGCUAUUGAUGUAUAUAUGCCAGCUAAAAACAAGUGCGAUUUUACUAUUGGUGUAUACUGGACAUAAACUUAUUACCUUUUUUGUCGCGAAAUACUUUACUGAAUUCCAAUAUGGCCGCCAAUGUGGAAAUCCAGGAUGCAAGUAAAGAUGAAAAUAUCGCACAAAACGAAACAUUCAAAACCCUUGGAGUUACGGAAGUACUUUGUGAAGCAUGUGGGAAAAUCGGUUGGAAUAAUCCUACAAAAAUUCAACGUGAAUGUAUUCCCUUGGCUUUGCAAGGAAAGGAUAUCAUUGGUCUUGCAGAGACAGGAUCUGGUAAAACAGGGGCAUUUGCCUUGCCAAUUCUUCAAGCUUUGUUAGAAAACCCACAAAGAUUAUUUGCUUUGGUUAUGACCCCAACCAGGGAACUUGCCUUCCAGAUAUCUGAACAAUUUGAAGCACUUGGUUCUGUGAUAGGUGUCAAAUGUGCGGUUAUAGUUGGUGGUAUUGACAUGAUGUCUCAGUCAUUAGCCCUGGCAAAAAAACCUCACAUAAUUGUAGCAACACCUGGAAGAAUAGUUGAUCACCUUGAAAACACAAAAGGAUUUAACUUAAGGCCCCUGAAAUUCUUAGUCAUGGAUGAGGCUGACAGAAUUUUAAAUAUGGACUUUGAGAAAGAAGUUGACAAGUUGCUUAAAGUCAUUCCAAAACAAAGACGAACAUAUCUUUUCUCUGCCACUAUGACAAAAAAGGUUAAGAAACUUCAAAGGGCCUCAUUACAGGAUCCAGUUAAAGUUGAAGUCUCAACAAAGUAUACAACAGUGGAAAAACUUGUACAAAGUUAUAUUUUUAUACCAAGCAAAUACAAGGAUUGUUAUUUGGUCAGCAUAUUAAAUGAUCUUGCUGGAAAUUCUUUCAUGGUAUUUUGUGGGACUUGCAACAAUGUACAGAGAACAACAUUACUUCUAAGAAACCUUGGCUUACAUGCUGUUCCAUUGCAUGGGCAAAUGAGUCAAUCUAAACGUCUUGGUACGCUAAACAAGUUUAAGUCAAAAACUCGAUCCAUAUUGAUUGCCACAGAUGUUGCUAGUCGGGGGUUGGAUAUUCCCCAUGUUGAUGUUGUUAUAAAUUUUGAUAUUCCCACUCAUUCAAAGGACUAUAUUCACCGUGUUGGGCGAACAGCCCGGGCUGGAAGAUCUGGAAGGGCUGUAACAUUUGUUACACAGUAUGAUGUUGAACUAUAUCAAAGAAUAGAGCAGUUAAUAGGAAAAAGAUUGCCAAAAUUUGAAGUUGUUGAAGAAGAAGUCAUGAUGUUGGUAGAAAGAGUCACUGAAGCACAAAGAUUUGCAAAAAUGGAAAUGCGUGAAGCUGAUGAAAAAAGGAAGCGUCCUCGUGAUGAGGAGAAUGAUAAUGUUAUCCGACUCCCUGAGGGGAAACGCAGGAAGAAACGUAAACAAAGAUAAGGAAUGUAAAAUUUUCCAACUAUCCCUGGGAGAGGCUCUACAAACUAAUGCAUUGAUGGUCUUGUGGUGAAGACAAUAUUCUGGAAAGUGGAUGUUUCAUAUCCAGGAAGAAUGUUAUCUGUGAUCUUUGAGCUGAUGGUCUAGUGGUGAUGUGUAAAUAAAAUCUAGGUCUAUCUUACAGAAGAGAAUUGCUCCAAUUUUUUUUUCUCCUGUAGAAAAUGUCCAAAUAAAAAAUAUCUCUUAUUAGAGAGUUUAAUAUCUCUUACAUGAAGUAGUUCGUGUAAAAUAGUAAAUUUUUUUAAGUUUUA